CUAUAUCCUUAUCUUUAUCUUUCUUUCUCUUUCUAUCUCUCUCUCUCUCUCUCAAAACUAUAUCCAUCUGGCCGAAUACUAAUUUCUCAAUUUCUUCUUUCUAUCAAAUUUGUUCGGUGAUUCUUCAAUUCUCUUCUCCUCUAUUCAACCACGGACAAAUUCCGGAAGGUUCAUCGGCGCUGGCGUCGACGGCUUAUUGUUGUGAUCGAAGGAGUUGAAUUUCCGAGUAUCGUGAGAACGCUCUUUGGGAAGAAAUCUCCUUUUUUGGGCUAAGUUUCUAAGGAACAAGUUCGUGGGGACUCUUCUCUGGGAAGUUCCAUGGCCUCAAGAUCAUGUGGAAAUUUCUUUGACUUGGCUUCUGGAGAAUUGGCGGAAGUUCCUCCAACUCCCAGAAGCCUUCCAAGAGUGAUGACUAUUCCUGGAAUUAUAGGUGAUGGAAAUGGGAACAGUGAUGUAGAAUCGGAUAGCGCGUCAGCUGUUUCCCGUGAGAGGAAAAUUAUCGUGACAAAUAUGUUGCCAUUGAUAGCUCAAAAGGAUAAUGCGACUGGUAAAUGGCGAUUUAGUUGGGAUGAAGAUUCACUAUAUUUACAAAUAAAGGAUGGGUUUUCGCCUGAGACUGAAGUUAUAUAUGUUGGAUCUCUAAAGAUCGAAAUAGAGGCCAAUGAACAGGAGGAAAUUGCACAGAGUCUUCUAGAUGAAUUCAAUUGUGUACCCACUUUUCUUCCUCCUGAUAUCCAGAAAAAAUUCUAUUACGGUUUUUGUAAGCAACAGCUCUGGCCUCUUUUUCAUUACAUGCUGCCUAUGUGCCCAGAUCAUGGAGAUCGAUUUGAUAGACAACUGUGGCAGGCCUAUGUGUCUGCAAAUAAGAAAUUUGCUGAUAAAGUCAUGGAAAUAGCCAAUCCAGAGGAUGAUUUCAUUUGGAUCCAUGAUUACCAUCUCAUGGUGCUGCCUACUUUUUUAAGGAAGCGCUAUAACCGUGUCAAGCUUGGCUUUUUUCUUCACAGUCCAUUUCCUUCAUCAGAGAUUUACAGAACAUUGCCUGUUAGAGAUGAAAUUCUGAAAGGACUACUAAAUGCCGAUUUAAUAGGUUUCCACACAUUUGACUAUGCUCGUCAUUUCUUGUCUUGUUGUGGUAGAAUGCUAGGCCUUGACUAUGCAUCCAAGAGGGGGCAUAUUGGACUGGAUUACUUUGGUCGAACAGUCUACAUCAAAAUCCUCCCAGUAGGUAUUCACAUGGGGAGACUGGAAUCUGUGUUGAAUCUGCGUUCUACGUGCAAUAAAGUCAAAGAAUUGCAAGAACAGUUCAAUGGAAAGAAAGUGAUUCUUGGAGUUGAUGACAUGGAUAUAUUCAAAGGAAUCAGUCUAAAGUUACUAGCUUUUGAACAGCUCUUGCUGCAGCAUCGAGAGUUGCAAGGUAAACUUGUGUUGGUUCAGAUAGUUAAUCCUGCAAGGAGCUCUGGAAAAGAUGUUCAGGAAGUAAAAAAGGAAACAUACAAUGCUGCUAAAAGAAUUAAUGAGCUAUAUGGUUGUUCAGAUUAUGUACCUGUUAUUUUAAUUGAUCGUCAUGCUCCUCGGUAUGAGAAGACCGCCUACUAUGCUGUUGCCGAAUGUUGCAUAGUUAAUGCAGUGAGGGAUGGGAUGAACUUGGUCCCAUAUAAAUAUAUUGUUUGCCGGCAGGGAUCUUCUAUAAUGGAUCAAGUUACUGGUACAAAACCAGAUUCUCCCCGGACAAGCACACUUGUUGUGUCGGAGUUCAUUGGUUGUUCGCCCUCUUUAAGUGGAGCUAUUAGGGUUAAUCCAUGGGAUAUUGAUGCUGUUGCCGAGGCCAUGAACAUGGCAAUCACUAUGGCUGAUGCAGAAAAGCAAUUGCGGCACGAGAAACACUAUCGAUAUGUUAGCUCUCAUGAUAUCGCUUAUUGGGCUCGCAGCUUCAUGCAGGACUUGGAGAGAGCUUGCAAGGAUCACUACGACAAGCGCUGUUGGGGAAUCGGCUUGGGCUUGGGUUUCAGGGUUGUGUCACUUUCUCCAAGUUUUAGGAAAUUGUCAGUUGAUCACAUUGUUUCAUCCUAUAAAAGGACUCACAGAAGGGCAAUAUUUCUGGACUAUGAUGGUACUGUUGUUUCUCAAUCCUCCAUGGUUAAAUUCCCCAGUCCUGAAGUGGUGAAUAUGCUCAAUGCUUUGAGCAAUGAUUCUAAUAACACGGUGUUCAUAGUUAGUGGUAGAGGAAGGGAACCACUAAGUGAGUGGCUUGCUCCGUGUGAAAAUUUGGGACUGGCUGCUGAACAUGGGUACUUUCUAAGGUGGAACAAAACCUCGGAGUGGGAGUCAUUAGCUGCGGAUCUUGAUUGGAAAGGAAUUGUCGAACCCAUUAUGAAACAUUACAUGGAGGCAACUGAUGGAUCUUCUAUGGAAGUUAAAGAGAGCGCAUUGGUCUGGCAUCACAGUGAUGCUGACCCUGACUUCGGUUCCUGCCAGGCCAUGGAACUCCUAGAUCAUUUGGAAAAUGUUCUUGCAAAUGAACCUGCCGUUGUCCAAAGGGGUCUGCAUAUAGUUGAAGUUAAACCGCAAGGAGUGACCAAAGGUUUGGUUGCUGAGAAGGUGCUCUCAAUGUUGGCCGCUGAUGGCAAGGCACCAGAUUUUGUCAUGUGUAUCGGGGAUGAUAGAUCGGAUGAAGAUAUGUUUGAGAGCAUAUCAAACACUGUCUCUAAUUCAUCCGGCACUGCAGUUCCAGCGAUAUUCGCUUGCACUGUUGGGCAAAAGCCGAGCAAGGCUAAGUACUAUCUUGAUGACAGUGCAGAUGUUGUGAGGAUGCUUCGAGGUCUUGCCAGAGCUUCUAACCCGAAUCCUCGGCAUAGUGCCCAGUUCAAGGUCGCAUUCGAUAGAAUUUUCUGACCGAAGUCGAAGGUAGGUUUUGUACUAUAUUUUUGCUUUUGGACUUCUGAGUUCUGACCAGGUUAAGAAAAAAGAAAAAAAAAAGAAAAAUUGACAUGGGUUCUAACUUUGAAUAGGGUGUGGAAACGUUGAGGUAAAAUCUUCUCGUGGGAUGUUGUGAAAUACUUUUAUAGUGUAGAAGAGCAUGUUGUAGUUGUGCUAUGCAGAUGUUGAUAAUGGUUGCUCUUCAUUGCUUAGAUGCCACCAUUAUUUUGUAUAUAGUUGAAAUUGCUCCUUCAAAUGUAAUCCUAAUUUCAUCACGAUUUCAGCUUAUAUCUUUUUCUGCA